ACUUAGCUGGCAAGUGCAUGAUUACCGGAGGUCAAACACAACACCACCAAUCCAGCAUAACCUCGGCACCACCGGAACAUUUACCUGAAACACGGGUCCAUAGCUCCUGACCCAUGAGCUGAGCCCUGGCUCAUGCCUCUUUUUCGCAAAGCUCAAGCCACUAUCCUAGAUCAGUCUUUUACUUUAUGAAUUGUCAAAGCUUACACGCUCAAAACACCAGAAGCCUUUUGAGCCCUCCCUUUUUAUGUUUUCCUUCUUCACUGCUCCUAUAUGUUUUGAGAGAGAUACUGUGAUAGUCCACACACAGUAUCUUUCUUGCCAGCCAUUUUUAAUUUUCUAAUUAUUUUUUAAAGAAAUAUUAUAUCUACAUGAUUGUUUCUUUUUUCUUUUUUUUAAUCUUUUGUUUCUCUCGUCAACUGAAGAAGCUGGAAUUUAGAAAGAGAAAGAGAGAGUAGGUAGAGAGAUAGCGCGAUUCAGAUUGGUUACCAACAAAUCUUGAAUGGAAACCUUGUGAUUGAGGUAAGAGUCUGUGUCUGCAGUUUAGUCACCUUUCGAUGUUUCUUUUUAAUGAGGAGAAAACUAAAAAGAAACAACCUUUGCAGUGAGAGAAAGCCAAAUAAAAAACCCACAUUUUUGUUUGUACCAAUUUAUGCUUAUUACAUGCAAAGCUUGAAUCUUUGAUAUGAAGAAGAGAGUAUUUGUGUUAGAAAUUCAAUCUCCAUAAGCCAUGGCGGAUCAAAGGAGUGUAUUAGCAUUGAAGUUUUUACUUCUGGUGUUGUUUUUUGAGUCUACAUUUGAGCAACAACAACAAGAGAGGCUUACCUCACCAAUAGAGAGAGCAGCUUUACUCGGACUAAGAUCUUCUUUGGGGUUAAGAAGCAGGGAAUGGCCAAUAAAGGCAGACCCUUGUUCAAUUUGGAAUGGUAUCAAAUGUGAGAAUGGUAGUGUUAGUGAAAUUAACAUUUCAGGGUUUAAAAGGACUAGACUUGGUUCUCGAAACCCCCAAUUUAGAGUUGAUUCUCUUGUUAAUUUAACAAGACUUAAAUCCUUUAAUGCUUCUGGUUUUUAUCUUCCUGGUUCAAUUCCUGAUUGGUUUGGUCAAAGGCUUGUUUCCCUUCAAGCUCUUGAUCUUUCUUCUUGCUUGAUAAGUAAUGCUAUUCCGGGGAGUUUAGGGAAUUUGACAAGGUUGACUGUUCUUUAUUUGCAUGAUAACAACUUGACGGGUAUGAUUCCGUCGAGUUUGGGACAAUUGGUGGGACUUUCAGUGCUUGAUCUUUCGUCAAAUAAGUUUACUGGAUCUAUUCCUGUAUCAUUUGGUUCGCUUCAGAAUUUGACAAGGCUUGAUAUUUCUAUGAAUUUCUUGUUCGGUUCGGUUCCACCUGGCAUUGGGAUGCUUUCAAAGCUUCAGUAUUUGAAUCUUUCUAUCAAUAACUUGUCGUCUUCGAUACCUGCUCAGCUUGGUGACCUUAGGAACUUGGUUGACCUUGAUCUGAGCUUCAAUUCAUUAUCUGGGUCAUUGCCAGCAGAGUUGAGAGGCUUGAGGAAUUUGCAGAGAAUGCUGAUUGGGAUCAAUUUGCUUGGCGGGUCUUUGCCAGUCAAUUUGUUUCCUGUUCCAAGUCAGUUGCAGACUGUGGUGUUGAAGAGCAAUGGUUUUAGUGGUGCGGUCCCUGAUGCGCUGUGGUCAAUGCCUCGAUUGCGCUUGCUUGAUAUCUCCGGCAACAAUUUCACUGGUAUGCUGUCAAAUGCUAGUUUGAAUACUAAUACCACUACUGCAGAAUUGAAUGUAUCCCAGAAUUUGUUUUAUGGAGGUCUUACACCUGUGUUGAGAAGGUUCAGCUUUGUAGACUUGUCAGGUAAUUAUUUUGAAGGCAGGGUUCCAGAUUAUGUGAGUGACAAUGCUUCUCUUGUUAGCAACUGUCUCCAAAAUUUGUCAAAUCAGAGGAGUUUGCUUGGCUGUACAUCUUUCUAUACUGAAAAGGGCUUGACUUUUGAUAAUUUUGGACUCCCGAACUCCACACAGCCUCCUGCAAGGGAAAAUUCAGGGAACAGCAAAAGAAAGGUCAUCAUAUUGGUAAGUGUUUUGGGAGGAUUUGGGCUUAUUCUGCUUUUGGUGAUAUUGAUAGUGCUGCUGCUCUUUUUCAUCCGGAAGACGGGAAAUAAAACUCAAAGAGGGGUUGGGGUUGGUCCAGCAACUCCAGUUCCUUCUGGGAGCAGUCCACCACCUCCUGGUGUAUCAAUUGACUUUUCAAGUUUAGGAGAGAUAUACACCUAUCAGCAGCUUCUCCUAGCGACUGGUGACUUUGGCGACAUGAACCUCAUCAAAUAUGGCCAUUCAGGGGAUCUCUACAAGGGAAUCUUGGAAAGUGGGAUCCCUGUGGUUAUAAAAAAGAUUGAUCUGCAGUCCCAUAGGAAGGAAGCGUACUUAUUGGAAUUGGAUUUUUUUAGUAAAGUUUCAAAUCCCAGAUUGGUUCCCCUUUUGGGACAUUGCCUGGAGAAAGAAAAUGAGAAAUUCCUGAUAUACAAACAUAUGCCAAAUGGAGACUUGUCAAGUUCCUUAUACAGGAAAACCAAUUCAGAAGAUGGUUUGCAAUCAUUAGAUUGGAUAACAAGACUGAAAAUUGCGACAGGAGCUGCUGAGGGUUUAUCAUAUCUUCAUCAUGAAUGCACUCCGCCCAUUGUGCACAGAGAUGUUCAAGCAAGCAGUAUACUCCUUGAUGAUAAAUUUGAAGUACGGUUAGGGAGCCUGAGUGAAGUCUGCACUCAAGAAGGAGAUACACAUCAUAGCAGGAUUACCAGGUUUCUGCGUUUGCCUCAGUCAUUGGAGCAAGGUACUUCUGGUUCAUUGACAACCACGUGUGCCUAUGAUGUUUAUUGCUUUGGGAAGGUAUUACUCGAGUUAGUUACAGGAAAGCUGGGCAUCAGUGCAUCUAGUGAUGCUCAGCUGAAGGAAUUUUCAGAACAGAUUCUACCCUUCAUUAGUAUCUACGACAAGGAACUUGUAACAAAAAUUGUGGAUCCAUCUCUGAUCAUUGAUGAAGAUCUGUUGGAGGAAGUUUGGGCAAUGGCCAUUGUUGCAAGGUCUUGCCUCAAUCCAAAGCCUUCAAGGCGCCCUCUUAUGAGAUACAUCCUCAAGGCUUUGGAAAAUCCUUUGAAGGUAGUGAGGGAAGAAAAUUCUGGUUCUGCAAGGCUUAGAACAACAUCUUCUAGAUCUUGGAAUGGUUCUCUAUUUGGGAGUUGGCGUCACAGCUCAUCUGAUGUAGCAGUCAUUCCAGCAGCCUCCAGUGCCAGGCCAGGAGGAAGUAGUUUUAAACAGUCAGGAACUUCAAACUCUCAGGGUAGUGGCCAAAAUGGUGGUGGUGACCAUUCCUCGUCACAUAGACGGCAUUCUAGAGAGAUUUUCCCUGAACCAUAUGAUGAGCAGGAUGUAGAGAAACAGGAUUAAAAUUAACAAAGAUGUUUAUUUUUCUUUAUUCUUUGUCAAUAAUACAGCAGGCUUCCUAUUUGAAUGCCUGUUUGUUGGUGCCCCCAGUGCACUGUCCAUGGUUCAUGGAGUUGAUUGCGGUCUCAAGCCCAUUUUGGUAUAUUCUGGGUGUUAAAGGUGCGUAUCUACCACCACAGGAAGCAAGCAAGGCUUACAUAAUGAUUAUUGGAUAGAGAAGAUUGAGAAGAGUCGUGGACCCAUUUUUAUCUGUAAUUGAUAUUUUGUUCAUGGUCUUUUUUUGUGCAAUGUAAAGUGUAAUUGCUAAGAAUUUCAUCUUUCAAAACCUUCCCGUUUUCAAAAAGAAAAGACAGGCAAGGUAAAUACCUUAAACCCUA